AUGGCCUUCUCGGGAAUCUACAAGCUAGAUGAUGGGAAGCCUUACCUCAACAACUGCUUUCCAGCCAAAAAUCUGCUUCGGAUGCCUGAGGAAGGCCGAGGACACUGGUUAGUAUCUCGGAAAUCCAACCUCAAGAAGAAGCCCAAAGGCGUGAAUGAGGCACCAGCUGAAGGUCACGAAGACCAGAAGAAGAGUACUUCAGAGGUUGGGGGAAAGAAAGGGUCUCAGCGGGAAAACCGAAAGGCUAUUCCUGGACACGUCCUGGACCGGGCUUUUCUGCUGAAGCACCACUGCGUGAGGAAGCCAUCAGACCUGUGCAACGUUAAUGCUAAGGAGAAGGACUUCAAGCAUUUCCAUUCCGUUGUUUACAUCAAUGCCUCAGAAAACCUGCUGCCUCUGGAGGCAUUUCACACGUUUCCAGCCCUAAAGGAAUUGGAGCUCGCAUUUAAUGGCAUCAAAACAGUCUACGUGAAACAUGGAGACUUUCAGUGCUUAGAAUUCCUGGACCUUUCCUUCAACAGCCUGACUGCGGAGGCCAUCUGUGAUCUGGGGAUUCUGCCACAUCUCCGUGUCCUGCUCCUCACAGGAAAUGGGCUCACCUCCCUUCCUCCCAAUUUGGCUGUCACUGAGCAGGAGGCAUCUGUAACAACACUGACAAGCAAGAGAUAUAUCCUGAGGUUUCCAGCGCUGGAGACACUGAUGCUGGAUGACAACAAGCUCUCCAACCCCAAUUGCUUUGCCAGCCUGGCCGGGCUCAGGAGACUGAAGAAGUUAAGCCUGGAUCAAAACAGGAUUUUCCGGAUCCCGUACCUACAGCAGGUUCAUCUCCGUGGCGGGUCAGGGGACUGGGCUGGAGGCAGGGGGAGUCCUCGGAAAGAGCACCAGUCCACUCUGCAGCCCAAGUCGUGGGUUUAUGAGGCCUCAGACGAGCAACCGGACUAUACUGUACUGCCCAUGAAAAAGGAUGUGGACCGGACAGAGGUUGUGUUCUCAUCUUACCCUGGAUUUUCAACCUCACAGACAACCAAAGUAUGUACACUUCCUCCCAUAUUUGAGAUUCUUCCUGUGAAGUCACUGAAGGCCAGGAACCAGACACUGGCCCCACCCUUCCCGGAGCUGAGGUACCUUAGCCUGGCCUACAACAAGAUCAUGAGGGAGGAUGCUCUGCUGCCGGUAGCUCUCUUCCCAUCUCUCUGCGAGCUCGUCUUUCAUAACAACCCUCUGGUGGCGCAUACACGAGGGGUCCCUCCACUGCUAAAGAGUUUCCUCCAGGAACGACUGGGGAUCCACUUAAUUCGAAGGAAGAUAGUAAAGCCUAAGCAUCCACAUAUUUUGAUGCCUCGAAAGGACACGCGGAAGGUGAAAACCCAAAUCCCAAAGGUGCUGAAGAAACAGCCUCUGAUGCUUCAGUACCCAUCUGUGACCGCAGUCAAGCCUCCGCCAAGGGAUGUGUCAGAGCCAGAGGCAGGGCCCGGUGAAGAGUUGCCUAUUGCCAAAAGCACUUCUGUGGAGUCAGAGAUUCCCAUCGAGGGCCCCGAGGGCCUUUCUGUGUGCCGCCGGACCUUCGUGCGGCUGCCUCCCAUCUGCUCCGACUCCACCGUGCAUAGCGAAGAGACCAUGUCCCGCCCGAGUGAUGUAGCUGGACACCUCAGCCCAGAGCACCCAUCAGAUGAGGACACCAGAAGCGUAGAGUCCAUCUUCUUGACCCAGGUGAGUGGGCUGCCUACCUCCAUCCAGAAGGAUGACUCAGAGGUGAAGGAGAAAGACCAGAGGAGACCAUCAACAGCACCCAAAGAGGUGAAGAGGACUCGGAAGAAGCUCCCAUCUGCCUCCAUCCCCAAAAAGUACCACGGCUAUGAGGAGCUGCUGACGGCCAAGCCUGAUCCGGACUUCACUGAGCCAAAGGGGAUCCAGAAGAAUGCCCAGGCCCUGCAGCACAUGCUGAAGCACCCGCUCACGUACCGCUCCUCCAAGCCCAAGAUGGACACUUUUCAGAAACCCUUCUUCCCCAAGCAGAAGCGGUCCCAGAGGAUCCCUGUUCCACCUCCGCGGAAGACUCGGGCCCAGCUGCUGGAUGACAUCCUCGUUCGCAUGCGGGACCCCAGGAACGUUACAGAGGCUCCUCUAGGCGCGGUCCUUCAAAGGCGGGCGGAGCAGCGGCUGGUGAACCAGAAGCAGUAUCUGGAGGCCAAGCGGCUGCUGAAGGAGUUCCGGGCGCGCUACCGGCAGCUGGUGCGCGGCUCCAUGCGGACAGUGUUCGGGCAGCCCCUGCCACCCCAGCAGCGCCCCGCGCUGGUCGAGGGCCAGCCGAAAUUAGGCCGUUUCCUCGAGUUCAUGGAUGAGUUCUACCAGGAGCCCCCAGCCAGUAACUCGAAAGGCUAG